CUGUGAUCCAUGAAUUUAGCUAGAUUAUACUUUUUCUGUAUAUAAAUCAGAGCGUAAGGAAUUGAAUUUUAAUUGUUGCGGAUCCCUUUCCUGUCAAUUCUCUUCAUAUUUCAAAGCCUCAAUCACCACAAUGGGCCCCAUUGACAAGCCUCUCCCAACUCUUCAAAACAUCCAUCGGGACGAGGCCGAUAAAAUCAUUCAAGCCAUCAUUGAGGAUGGUGCUUGUAUCAUCAAGAGCUUCGCGAGCGUCGGAGCAGUCGAGCGAGUAAACGCAGACACACACCCUUAUUUGGAGGUAGACAAGCCCUGGAAGGGAGAUUUGUUUCCUCCCGAGACUCGACGUUGCACUCGUCUGAUCGCGCGCAGCGCAACAGCUCGAGAAUGGUUGGUUGACCCGCUCGUCACCAAGCUGCUCUCUAUAUUCGUCGAUAAGACAACACAUAACUACUAUGGAGAAACUCGACACACUUACACUAGCAAUGCUAUUCUCAACACUGGACUGACAAUGCGCAUUGGGCCUGGAGGAAAGGCACAGAGACUGCAUCGCGAUGACAAGAACUUUCAUAUGGAACAUCCAGAUCAGACCAAGACUGGAUACAAAAUCGGAACAGACGUUGAACUUUCAUUCUUGGUUCCAGGAAUUGCGACGACGCCCGAGAAUGGAGCGACUUUGGUCAUUCCAGGCUCUCAUCUUUGGGAUUCUGAAAGAAUACCCAAGGUUGAGGAGGCAGGGUACGGAAUCAUGGAUGUUGGUGAUUGCUUCGUCAUGCUGGGUGGUUUUUACCACGCUGGCGGACACAACUUGACUAAGGAUCAAUAUCGUCCAGUUCAUGACUUGUCCUUCAUUCGAGGAUACUUGAGACAAGAAGAAAAUGCAUAUCUUUCAUUCACAAAGGAAGAAGUCUUAUCUUGGCCAUUUGAAGUGAAGAUGAGGAUGGGAUAUACAGUAUCAAGCCCUAAUCUUGGUUUCGUGGACUUCAUUCAGCCAUAUAAGUAUCUAGCAGGAGAUUACGAUCCCAAUCAGCCUGGUGAUUUGGACUCCUCCCAGGAACUAAACAAGGCUGCUUGAAAGAGAGGCGAUAUGUGUGCUAGAAAUGAGGAUAUUCAUGAGACAUGAAUCUCCGAUGUAGAAUUUUGAAGGUAGAGAUAAAGACGAAUAUUGGCUUCAACGUGAUGUGAAGCCUCCUGUGAGAUUUGAUCACUUUAAAG